AUGGCCAGCUCAAGCGGCUCCGUUGUUGGCAACACCAAAGCCGGCAAGGCCAUCAGCAACCUGAUCCAACAGAUCCAGGUGCUCCCUAAUUCCGGUUCUCGUGCCACGGUCCUUUCGGCGACCGCUGCCUUUGCCGCAAUCUUAACGCUCUGGUGCUGGAAACGCAUGGCGUCAACGAGUCCAACCCAGGCUCAUACACCCAGUCCUCAGUCAGGAAACCAUGACGCGAGAACAACAGACCCCGACCUCCUCAGGAAUAACUCCGAGGUGAGGUCUUUCAGCACAAGCCGCUUUGUCUAUCCUGGCGUUCGCGUUUUCUUCCACCCUCACGCCAAGCUGGAUGAGAUGCCGAAAGACCCGGCCCCUUUGCCGCUGUUGGUAUUCGUCCACGGACUCGGUGGAUCUGUGGCGCAGUUCCACCCUUUGCUGAAGAGCCUGACGCACAACUCCUCGUGCCUUGCGGUAGACCUGCCAGGCUGCGGUGUUUCUGAGUUCGCACCGACAUCAUGGGAUGCGUAUACGAAUGAAGCGCUGGUCGAGUUGCUGGACACGAUCAUUAAUGAAUAUCGAGAUGAGAAACCCGGCCAAGGGGUCAUUCUGAUCGGCCAUAGCAUGGGCUGCGCACUCUCAGCGCGUCUCGCUUCUCCCGGCUCGAGCCAGGUGGCUGACCACGUAGUUGGUCUUGUGGCCAUUUGUCCGCCCGCUGGGCCGCCUACGGAGGCGCAAGUGAACACAUUCAGAAAGUUGCUCUGGAUACCUACACAGAUUUUCGAUCUAUGGAGGGCAUGGGAUGCCCGCGGAGGAGCUGAAAGUGCCAGCGUCAGGAGAUUCGUCGGAGCGGAGGCAGACAUCGAGUCUAAAAAUUCUCAAUUCCGCUUCAAUCGUCAAAGCAGGACUCCGGUCUGGCGGAGGAUGGCGUGGGGCAGCCUACCGGUGUACGAGCACGGCGUUCCGAAGGGCGGCAUCGCAGGCAAAGAGGUCUGGGCCUCGCUUAACGUGCCUUGUUUUCUGCUCGGAGGGGGCAACGACACUGUGACACCGCCUGAGGCAAUCGACAAGAUCGUUGAGGUUUUGAACGCAGGAACAGCUCCUUCACUAGACGGCGCAAACGAGAGCAUCCAGCCCAUUGUGGAUGCCGCUGCUCCGGUCGAUACCACCAUGGCGACUUCGACGCCAGCCCGUCGCAUCGAAGAGAUACGGGACGAGGACUUCCUUCGACAGAAGAAGAAGAAGACCAACGACGAUGACACUUUCGAGGACCCUUCUACGCCCCAAGAGCCACCAGCCGUUGGCCUUCCUUCCCAGCCUCAGCACCCCGAAAAAAUGGUAAAAUCCAUGAUCUUGCCGCGUGGGACGCACGCCAUGGUCUACACCCAGGACUGUUCCCACAUUCUCGCAUCCAUCAUCUCGGACUUUCUCUCGCAGCAUGUCACAGGCAGGCUAUCUCGUAGCUGGCAGCUGCAGUAUCUGAACAAGGAGUCGAAGUGGGAUGUGAAGAACCUGGCCAAAUGGCAGGGCGUCGAACCGGUCUCAAAGCCUAUUGCAGGCGUUUUCCGCGCGAUGAAAACAUUCCGAGAGGUCGACGACGAACACUCGCCCGUCAAAUUUGCCGAGAAAUGGGGUGACAUCGUGAAGGAUGUGAUUGACAUCUCAAAAGAUACGCCUGUGUACGAUCCGGCGGGGCUCGAGCGCGCCGGUGUGAGGUACCACAAGUUCCCGACCGUGUCCAAGAUCCCGCCGACAGACCACGAGGUGGACGAGUUUAUCAAGCUCGUGGAUAGGCUGCGCGAGAAGCACAGGACUCGGGCAGCCGAGGAGGGCUGGGCCGAGAGCGCUGAGUACGCCAUCGGCGUGCACUGCCACUAUGGCUUCAAUCGGACUGGAUAUUUCAUAGUUUGCUACCUGGUCGAGCGGUGCGGGCUCGGGGUCAAGCAGGCCUUGGAUACAUUUGCCGAGAUGAGACCUAAGGGGAUAAGGCAUUCUCACUUCAAGGACCAGCUGUUCGUCAGAUAUUCCGAGCUGAGGUCACACGGCGCAUGA